AUGGCGAACCCGGACGCGGUGUUCCCGGAGCACGAUACAUCUAGCGCAUUCCACUUCGCGAAGCAAGAGGAAGAGGUGCUUGCGUAUUGGAAGGCCAUUGACGCCUUCAAGACGUCGCUGGAGCAAUCCAAGGGUCGCAAGCCUUUUUCGUUCUACGAUGGACCACCGUUCGCCACAGGCUUGCCUCACUACGGACAUUUGCUGGCAGGCACAGUGAAAGAUGUCGUUACUCGAUUCGCUCACUCGACAGGUCACUAUGUAGACCGUCGUUUCGGCUGGGAUUGCCAUGGAUUGCCUGUCGAACACGAGAUCGACAAGAAGUUGGGGGUCAAAGGCAAGGAAGAUAUUCUGGCGAUGGGUAUUCCCAAGUACAAUGCCGAGUGUCGGGCCAUUGUCAUGCGUUACCAGGCAGAAUGGCGCUCGACGGUCGAGCGCAUGGGUCGCUGGAUCGACUUUGAUCAUGGCUACAAGACUAUGGACACCAAGUUCAUGGAGACCGAGUGGUGGGUGUUCAAGACCCUGUUUGACAAAGGGCACGUGUACCGCGGACUGCGUGUGAUGCCUUACUCAAAUGCAUGCACGACACCACUCUCGAACUUUGAGGCUGGUAGUAACUACAAAGACACGCAGGACCCAGCGAUUACAGUGGGACUUCCGCUGCGCAAGGAUCCAAACACGUGGCUUGUUGCAUGGACUACGACGCCAUGGACCUUGCCAUCGAACUUGGCUCUCUGUGUACAUCCGGAGCUUGAGUACGUCAAGAUCUAUGAUGAGGAGCGCCAAUGUCACUUCAUCCUCUCGCCGAACUUGCUCACAACCUUAUACAAGGACCCUAAGAAGGCCAAGAUCAAGACGGUCGAGAAGUAUGUCGGCAAAGACCUCGUUGGCUUGGAAUAUGAGCCGCUUUUCCCGUACUUUUACGAAAAGUACAAAGAUCGGGCUUUCCGUGUCUUGUCUGACACGUAUGUGACUGCAGACGCUGGUACGGGUGUUGUGCACCAAGCACCAGCGUUCGGUGAGGACGACUACCGUGUGUGUCUGGCGCAUGGCAUCUUUUCGAGGGAGGCACAACCGCCUUGCCCACUUGAUGAGUCCGGCCGUUUCAUCGAACCUGUGAAUGAUUACGUUGGCAAGGGUGUGAAGGAAGCCGACAAGUUCAUUAUCAAGGACCUUAAAGCUCAAGGCAAGGUGAUUGUGCAGAGUGUGCUUACACACUCGUAUCCGUUUUGCUGGCGUUCAGGUGAGCCGCUUAUCUAUCGUACAGUGCCUUCGUGGUUUGUACGCGUCGAACCAAUUGUUGAUCAGCUCUUGGCCGCGAACAAAAAGACGCGCUGGGUGCCCCAAACCAUUGGUGAGAACCGAUUCGGCAACUGGCUCUCGAAUGCGCGUGACUGGAACGUGAGCCGCAACCGCUACUGGGGCACACCUAUCCCACUUUGGGUCAGUGAAGACUUGAGCGAAAUUGUGUGCAUCGGCUCUGUGGCCGAGCUGGAAGAGCGUUCGGGUGUGACCGGUAUCACGGACUUACAUCGCGACAACAUUGAUCACAUCACUAUUCCAUCGGCGCAGGGCAAGGGCACGCUGCGCCGCAUCGAAGAAGUGUUUGACUGCUGGUUCGAAUCAGGUAGCAUGCCCUAUGCACAGGCACACUAUCCGUUUGAAAACACCGACACGUUCAAGCAAAGCUUCCCGGCUGACUUUAUUUCUGAGGGUCUUGACCAGACGCGUGGUUGGUUCUACACGUUGCUGAUUCUUGGCACACACUUGUUUGGCGAGGCCCCAUGGAAAAAUCUGAUUGUUUCUGGAUUGGUGCUGGCCGCUGAUGGGAAGAAGAUGAGCAAGUCGCUGCGCAAUUUCCCCGACCCGACACUUGUAAUCAACAAGUAUGGUGCGGAUGCUGUGCGUUUGUACAUGAUCAAUUCACCGAUCGUGCGUGCAGAGAAUCUGCGAUUCCGUGAGGAGGGUGUCAAGGACAUCAUCGCGAGUGUGUUCUUGCCGUGGCUGAAUAGUUUCCGCUUCCUGCUUGCUCAAGUGACGUUACUUAAAAAGGACACUGGCAUUGACUUCGUCUACAAUCCUCAUGCUAAAGUGUCCGGCAACGUCAUGGACCGCUGGAUUCUUGCCCGAUGCCAGAGCUUGAUUGAGUGUGUGCGAGAAGAGCUCGGCAACUAUCGAUUGUACACGGUCGUGCCGCGCUUGCUCACGAUGAUCAAUGAACUCACAAAUUGGUACAUUCGAUUCAAUCGCAGGCGCUUGAAGGGCGAGAAUGGCCCAGAAGACACCAUCUCUGCUUUGAACUCGCUUUUCGAAACACUGUACACGCUGUGCUUGACGAUGUCUUCGUUCACGCCAUUCAUUACGGAAAACUUGUACCAGGGUCUGCGCAAGUUUAUGCCGCCCUCGUCGUCCGCAGAUCCCAAUACCGAGGAUCGUCGUUCUGUUCACUUUCUGCUGUUCCCCUCUGUCAAGGAGGAGUACCUGGACCCGGUCAUUCAGCGCCGCUUCAGUGCACUACAGAGCGUCAUUGAGCUUGGCCGUGCCUUGCGUGAAAAGAACAACCUUCCUCUGCGUGUCCCGCUACGCGAACUUACCGUGUUCCACAGCAAUGCUCAGUAUUUGGACGACGUGCGCUCGCUCUCAUCCUACAUUGAAGAAGAGCUAAAUGUGCGCGAUCUUGUGCUGUCAAGUGACGAGGUGAAGUGUGGCGUGUGCUUUAAACUCUUGGCAGACUGGCCAACUCUUGGUCGCAAGCUUCGUAAGGACAUGGGCAAGGUCAAAAAGGGACUCGAUCAAGUCACAUCAGCGCAGGCGAAGGAGUACAUGAUGACGAAUCAGAUCACCAUCGAGGGCAUUCCUCUCGGCGAAGGGGAUCUGCGUGCGAUGCGCUACGUCGACGAGAAGGCACUGCCACCACAUACAUUAAGCGACUCGGAUGGCUCGGUGGUGGUGCUGCUGGAUGGCCAGGUACGCCCGGAACUCCAAGCUGAAGGUAUGGCCCGCGACGUCAUCAAUCGGAUCCAACGUCUCAGGAAGAAGGCAGGUCUUCAGCCGACAGAUGAAAUUGACUCGUACUACCGGUUUACUGGCGAGAUGAACGCGGCUCUGGACGAGGUUAUGAAGACCCAGACUGAUGUAUUCACGCGAAACAUCCGUCGCGUGCCGCGCCCAUCGAGUGAUAUGCCGUCAGAGGCUGCUGUCGUGUGCGAAGAAGAACAAGAGGUAAAUGAUAUCAAAUUCAUGCUGACGCUUGUGCGUGCGGCGUGA